CAAAAGCUACCUUCCAACUAUGUCCAUAAUAUAUAUACACACGUUACGCAAACAAAUCUCAAAUCCCACAUUCAGCAAAUAAAAGAAAAAAGAACAAAAAAAUCUCAAAUCCAAACCAAAAUUGAAAAACCCAACAAAAAUUCUCAUCAAAUCAAAUCCAAAUUAAAGAGAUGGGAGGAGGAACGGAAGCUUUUCCAGAUUUAGGAAGCCACUGUGAAAAUCCCGAUUGCCGCCAACUCGAUUUCCUCCCGUUCACCUGCAACGCCUGCCGGAAGGUUUUCUGUUUGGACCACCGAUCGUACAAAUCGCACGGCUGCCCCAACUCCGAUGCCGGCAGCCGGAAGGUCCUGGUGUGCGAGAUCUGCUCCUCCGCAGUAGAGACCACGGGACGCGACGGUGAGGACGAGAAGCAGGUUCUGGAGAGGCACGAGAAGUCGGGUCAGUGCGACCCGAAGAAGAAGAAGAAACCGACUUGCCCCGUCCGGAGGUGCCGGCAGGUAUUAACGUUCUCAAACACCGCCACGUGUAAGAAUUGCCGGACUAAAAUUUGCCUGAGACACAGAUUUCCGGCCGACCACGGUUGUGAGGGGCUGAGACCGGCGUCGGCCACGUCGUCUGUGAACAACAGCAAGUUUCUGAUUGCGCUGGGCUUGAGGAGUGGGCAAGACUGUGGGGACAAGAUUAAUGGGCCUUCUACUUCGAGGCCCAACAUUAAAGCCUGUUGAUGUUGUAAUUUGCUGUGUUGUUAUGUGAUUUACCUGUUGGGCUUAGGCAUGGGAAUUGACAUGGAUAUAGCAUGGGCCUGUACGUGUAUUAAGAGAAAGUCAGCCCUAAAUACCGAUCUUGUUUUCUUUUGAGAAAAUUACACCAUAUACAACACAUAUCACUUUUUAUUGCAAAAUUACCAUAUGCAUAACAUUAAUUGCAAAAUUACUAAAUAAAAAUUGAGUAUGCAAUUAACUGAUCAACAUAAUUAAAGGUAGACUUUCUCUCUCCCCUAUCUCUUCUUCUCCCUUCUUCUCUCUCUCUCUC